GAAAAUACGGCCACACCGUCAAUAACUUGCACGUGCAUACAAUUCGAAAGCACAUCGGGUUCUUUGUUUAUGUUGUAAAAAAGGACAAAAUGAAUCAUUUCGAGAUACGUGAAGUGCCUGGAAAAGGUCGGGCGAUGAUAGCAACCAAGAACUUUGCUGUCGACGAAAUAAUUUUCGAAGAGGAACCGUUUGUAUCCCAUCAGUUCUCGUGGAAUGCAGCCUAUGGCUAUGCAGCGUGUGACAAUUGUAUGAGACCGUUGGAAACAUUGGUAGAAAAUGUGCGACGCCUCGCGAAUAACAAUGCUAUAGUUGUGCCGCUGGUGGAACACGACCCCACAGCCGUUUGGGUACCACAAUUUACACAGUGUCAACGCUGCAAAGUUCGUUACUGUUCCGAGGAUUGUCUGGUAUACGCCAAGAAUAAAUAUCAUCAAGUGGCCUGCAUGGGUGCCUUUCGCAGCGACGACACUCAUCCCAUUAAUGUACUCAACGAGACAUGGAAGAAGAUGCACUAUCCACCAGAAACAGGCACAAUUAUGUUAAUUGUGCGUCUGAUGGCCAUGUAUAAGCAGAGCAAGAAUAAGCCAGAAUUCCUUGAGCAACUGCAAUCGUUCCAAGCCUUAAUUGUUAACCGUGAGCAAAAGAUAUAUCACAAAUUGUUGGGCGAGAAGUUUGAGCAGCAAAUGGAGCAAUUAUAUACCGCAUUUUGCAAUGCUUUCAAUGAUGAGGAGUUCGCGAUGUUCACCACACCUGAUGCAUUCAAGACGCUGAUGGGCAUAUUGGGCACCAAUAGCCAGGGCAUUGCCACCAGUGUGCUUGCCCAGUGGGUGACUAAGGUAACGGACUUGCCGCUGCCCGAAGCGGACAAGAAACAACUGGACACUGUGAUCGAUGGGCUAUACGAGAAAGUGGGCGAUUUUGCUGGCGAGUUUCUGAACAACGAGGGCUCUGGCUUAUACAUUCUGCAGAGCAAAAUCAAUCAUAGCUGCGUUCCAAAUGCGCAGUCCACGUUUCCCUACUCGAAUGACCUGGUCGUACUCAAAGCUGUGGCGCCCAUUCAGCAAGGCGAUGAGAUCUGCAUUUCCUAUUUGGACGAGUGUCAACUGGAGCGCAGUCGCCACUCGAGGCACAAAAUAUUGCGCGAGAAUUAUAUUUUCGUUUGUCAGUGCACCAAGUGCAGAGCGCAAGCUUCUGAUCCAGAUGUGACUAGCGAUGAGGAAGAGGAUGACGAAGAUAUGGAGUUUGAUGACGACGAUGACAUGGAAUAGGCUAAACUGGCUGCCUGUUUAUAAUUGAUAUUCAUUGUGUACCCAUUUGAUAUGGUUACUUAUGUAUAAAAAUAAUACGACUUCUUUUGUUCAUACAUAUUAAUAUAUGUAUAAUAUA